AUCAAGGAUGUAGACGUCCUCAACUGCGAAUAUGGCAAGAACACAAUUAAGUUCCUUCGCCUUCAUAGGGAAGGGAAGAAGCACUUCGUUAAAGAAGUGGAAGUGUGCACACAUCUCCGGCUGACUUCUGCUCAGGAGUACCUGGACGGAAACAACUCUCUUGUGAUACCUACCGACACCAUAAAGAAUAUUGUCCUUGUGUUGGCCAAAAAAAAUGGGAUCCCAACUUUAGAGCAAUUUGCUAUAGAUAUCUGCAAACACUUCAUGACAACAUUUUGCCAAGUGGCGUACGUCAAAACCUACGUUCAAGAAGUACCAUGGCAACGUCUACACGAGAAUGGCGUUCCCCACAUCCACUCGUUUAUAUGCGUUCCUGAUGGGAUCCGCUUUUGUGAAGCUGAGCAGUGCCGAAAUGGUCCUCUGGUUGUUUUUGCUGGAAUUAAAGAUCUGAAACUUAUGAAGACAACACAGUCUGGAUUUGAAGGCUUCUAUAAGAAUGAACACACCACACUUCCUGAAAGGAAUGACAGGAUUUUAUGUGGAGAGCUCUUCUGCAAAUGGUCAUACGGCGAAUGCAGAGACUUUGACUUUGAUUGCAUAUGGAACAAAAUCCGUGAAUGUAUCCUUGAAGCCUUUUCUGGGCCACCUGACUGUGGGGAAUAUUCACCCUCUUACCAGAAGACUGUCAACGGUAUCCAGAUGCUUGUCCUUUCCAAAGUGUCACAGGUACAGGUCAUAGAAGUCAUCUUGAACAACACUUUUUAUAAUGUUGUAGACAUGAAGAAUCUAGGCUUGACCAAUGACAAAGAAGUUCUGGUUCCAGUGGAAACUCCCUAUGGCUCCUGCGCUUGCACGCUUGGCAGGAAGAAGUUCUUAGAAGCACAAGGCAACAUGCUAAAAGAUGAGAGGCAAAGUCAGUUUGGACUGGCAGCUGCCCAGGGAAACUAAACCUCUUGGCUACACUCACACCUUCCUGAUAAACUUAACAGUAUGGCUUUCCUAUCAACGUAUACUCCUUAUCGGCCUCUUCCAUUGCUGACUACUUUUCCCUCUAUGAACUCCUGAGGUUGGGAUUUCUGAAGGACCCUCA